AUGUCGUCAGUUGUUUUUGGUGAUUCAGGACCAUCAAAUGAUGACAAUUUUUUGGAGGCAAAAGAAAAUUCAGAAUCUAGAUCAGACUUAGUACUACUUGUAGAACCAAGCCCGUGUACUGAGAAUGAGCAUCCGCUAGAAUUUACAUAUGUGUUCUCUUAUUUUGUACGUCCGAGAGGAAAAUUCGAUCCAGAGGAUUAUGCAUUGUACGUUCAACCAGUGGCUGCAUUUAGUUCUGUAGAGCAGUUUUGGAAUACAUAUCGGUUUUUAAAGCAUCCAGCUGAUAUUACCGAGAAAGUAGAUUAUCAUAUGUUCAAGGAGGGUAUAAAACCUGUAUGGGAAGACGCAGCAAAUCAAAAAGGAGGAAAAUGGAUUUUACGGCUAAAAAAAGGUCUUUCAUCUAGAAUCUGGGAAAAUUUGAUAUUGGCAAUGAUUGGUGAGCAAUUUCUAGUUGGAGAAGAAAUUUGUGGUGCUGUGUGCUCGGUACGGAAUCAGGAAGACAUUGUUUCAUUAUGGAAUAGAACAGCAGAUAAUUUAGCAACAACUAAUCGUAUCCGUGAUACAUUGCGUCGAGUUUUAAACUUACCUCCUAAUGCAAUUUUGGAGUACAAACGACAUGACGAUUGUUUAAAAGACCAAAGCAGUUAUCGUCACACAAAUGUGGACCUACCAAGAAGAUGA